AUGAAGGAAGAGCAAAUAGAAAAGCUGAGAGGGGUGGUCAGGGAUUGCGUCGGCAAACAUCUGUACUCAUCGGCGAUUUUCUUCGCCGACAAGGUGGCGGCCAUCACGUCCGACCCUGCCGACAUAUAUAUGCAAGCACAGGCACUCUACCUUGGCUGCCACUACCGCCGCGCCUUCCAUCUCCUUAAUGCAUCCCAGAUUGUCCUCCGCGACCUCCGAUUCCGCUACCUCGCCGCCAAAUGCCUAGAAGAACUGAAGGAGUGGGAUCAAUGCCUUUUAAUGCUUGGUCCUGCUAAAGUGGAUGAACAAGGUAAUAUUACUGAUACAAAAGAUUACAGCUGCAUGUAUCUGGAUAAAGAUGGUGAAGAUCGUGAAAUCAAUAUUUUGUCAGCAAUAUACUUUUUGAGAGGCAAGGCGUACGAAGCAUUGGAAAAUCGUGUACAGGCUCAACUAUGGUACAAAGCUGCCAUCAAGGCGGAUCCUCUAUGUUACGAGGCCUUGGAAUGUCUUAUAGUCGGUCACAUGCUCACCUGUGAAGAAGUGACAAGUCUACUGUCAACAUUGCAAUUCGGCCCUGAAGAUGGCUGGCUCUCUUCAUUCUAUUCAUGUCUGGUAACUAAACACGAUAAAGAAUAUGUUGCAGAAGCCAAGUUCAGAGAACUAGAACAAGAACAUACAUUGAAGAACAACACUGAUCUUUUAGCCUGCAAAGCUGAGCACUACCAUCAGUGUGGUGAAUACCAGAAAUGCUUUGAACUAACGUCAAGAUUGCUCGAGAAGGAUCCUUUCCACCUAAAAUGUACUCUAGUGCAUUUAGCAGCAGCAAUGGAGCUUGGACAUUCCAAUGAGCUCUAUCUCAUGGCAUGUAAUUUAGUCAAGGAUUAUCCUCAAAAUGCUCUGUCAUGGUUUGCUGUGGGUUGCUACUAUUACUGCAUCAAGAAGUACGAUCAAUCACGCCGGUAUUUCAGCAAAGCAACAAGUUUGGAUGGGACCUUUGCCCCGGCUUGGAUUGGUUAUGGGAAUGCUUAUGCUGCUCAAGAAGAAGGAGAUCAAGCGAUGUCAGCUUAUCGUACUGCUUCUCGUUUAUUUCCUGGAUGCCAUUUGCCUACUCUAUACAUUGGGAUGGAAUACAUGCGAACCCAUAGCUUCAAACUUGCUGAGCAGUUUUUUAUGCAGGCAAAAACAAUAUGUCCUUCAGACCCACUCGUAUAUAAUGAACUUGGAACUGUGGCUUAUCACAUGGAGGAGUACAAGGAAGCUGUACGUUGGUUCGAGAAGACAUUGGCUCAUAUACCAUCCUCUGUACGUGAAAUGUGGGAGCCAACUAUAGUCAACCUCGCUCAUGCAUUGAGGAAAUUAAAGAGGUACAAUGAUGCAAUUGUAUACUAUGAGGAAGCUCUUGCUUUAUCAACAAGAAGUUUGAGUACUUAUGCUGGAAUUGCAUACACAUAUCAUCUGCUGGAUAAAUUUACUUCAGCAAUUACAUACUAUCACAAAGCUUUAUGGCUUAAACCAGACGAUCAGUUCUGUACAGAGAUGUUGAGUUUGGCACUUGAAGAUGAAUGCCGCCAUGGCAUAGGCAUUGAGCUUGAAUCUCAUCAAAGAUAA